GCUACCCACGCCGGGCCGGCUCGAGUAACGUUUAUUGGUCGUUCGUCGACUGUUUACACUUUUCAACACAGAGACUACGCUCACCAGCGUGUGGCCGAUGAUUACAUGGAUUCAUCACCGUUUGAAGGUUGCUGUUUUUGUUAGAAGCGGUAACGUCUUUCUCCUCGCGCGGAAUCCGGUCACUUUUGAAGAUGUCUCGCGCGGGUCUGAGCUGUCCAGGCUGCGGAUCCUCAAACAUCGUGGACGAUGAUCUGUACUGUCAGGCCCAGCUGGUCUGUGUGGACUGCGGCUCCGUGGUGUCGGAGGGAGUCCUGGCCGAUGAUCCGGUCGGAGGUUCAGAUGUCAGCUACAGCCGGACCACAGCCGUAACCAAAAAGCCAUGUGCCAACCUAAUAAAAGGUCUGCAGCGUGUUAAAGCCUUGUGUCGGAUCCUCACGGUCAACAGUGAGAUUGAAGAUCUUGCACACACAUAUUACAACCAGGCUUACCAGCACGAGACCUUCAUUAAGGUCAGCCUCCAGAAGAAGGAAGCUCUCGCUGGAUGCUGCGUGCUUGUGAGCUGCAGGUUGCUCAAUUGGCCGAUCACCAUGGGAACCAUCAGCUGCCUGCUGGAUGCUGACCCCGUGGUGGUGGGCGUGGUUUAUCAAGAGAUGGUCAAAGCUCUGAACAUCAAUGCUCCAAUUGUAAAUGUCACAGAUGUGAUGGAGGGGCACAGUUCGGAGUACAAGGUGAGCUCAUGUCAUGUCCCUGAAGAGCUGGCUGAGGACUCCAGAGCCCUGUCCAAACGUGCCGUGGCCUUGGUGGAGCUGGCAGCUGACACCUGGAUAGUGACGGGCAGGAGGCCGAUCCCCAUCAUGAUGGCAGCGAUCUAUUUGGCAUGGCAGUCCUUGAAACCCAGCAAGCAGCGCCUGAAAUUCACUCUGGACAAAUUCUGCCAGCUCGCCAAAGUGAAAAAGCACAAGGUGGCUAUGAAAAGGAUAACGGAGAUGAAGGAGGUGCUGUGUAAGCUAGGGAAGGAGAUUCCCUGGGUAAGAGAGGAGAUGACGCUGGAUAAUGUUCUCCUGCAUGUGGAGGACAUUCUGAAGCACAGGUUUGCUCUCCUGAGGAGGGCUAUUAGAAGCCAUGAGGAAGCUCUGCUGGCAGAGUGUCAAACCAGAAGUGAGGACUCUCUAAUUGAGGAUAACGCUCCCUCCAAAACCCCCUAUGGAUCCUCUGUGGAAGAAUGUGUAAUGAAUACUGAUAAGGCAGGAGUGGAAAAGGAUGAUUCAUACGCAGAGAGCCAGGAUUCAGCUCCAAACUGGGGGAAGAGGGUGCUGUUUGCUCCCCCCUGUGUGGUUCAUGCAAAGAAAAGACGUGUGGAGCAGCCCAGGCUCACAGGUGUGACUGGUGAUGAGGAAAUCUCAGAUAGUGAAAUCGAAUCCUACAUCCGCACUCCACGGGAAGUCAGGGAGUUUGCAUUGACACAGAAGUUGCUGUCAGAAAGCGGGGAGGUGUAAAAUCAACUCAAGUCUUUAUGAUUUGUUUUUAUUUUAGUACUUCUAUUGGAAAGUAAUACAACAUUGAGAUAAAUCCCUGUACGAUAUAGAUAUCUGUGUAGUAUGUCUUUUGGUUGACUUUUAAAUAAAGUUAUGUGAAACACCAGAAAAAAAUCCAGUUUGUUA